AUGGCUAGUUCUUCUUCUUCUUCACCUAUUAGAAGACUCUAUCUUAUUCUUUACAAUUGGACUGUUUUAUUUGGAUGGCUUCAAGUUCUGUAUCUGUCUUUGAAAACAUUGAAGGAAUUGGGUCAUGAACAUGUUUACACUGCAGCUGAAAAACCCUUGCUUUUUGCUCAAACCGCUGCUGUAUUAGAGGUUCUUCAUGGUUUAGUGGGGCUUGUGAGGUCUCCAAUAACAGCAACAUUGCCUCAGAUUGGUUCAAGGCUGUUUCUGGUAUGGGGUAUCUUGUGGAGCUUUCCUGAGACUCGAACUCAUGUUCUUGUGAGCUCCCUACUAAUCAGCUGGUCUAUCACUGAGAUUAUUCGCUAUUCUUUCUUCGGAUUUAAAGAGGCUUUUGGAUUCACCCCAUCCUGGCUUUUGUGGCUUAGAUAUAGCACAUUCUUACUUUUGUACCCAACCGGCAUAAGCAGCGAAGUUGGUUUGAUAUACAUUGCAUUGCCAUUCAUUAAGGCAUCUGAGAAGUAUUGCAUAAGAAUGCCUAAUACAUGGAACUCUUCAUUCGAUUUCUUUUACAUCGCAAUUCUUGCGUUGGCAAUCUACGUUCCAGGUAGUCCUCACAUGUACUCAUACAUGCUUGCGCAGAGGAAGAAAGCGCUCGCCAAAUCGAAGACGGAGUAG